AUGGACAAGAGGGACCAGGCAAAGGCAGGGGGCACCGUGAGGGUGCCCGCUUCUCGCCCUCCCGGCCUACCCAUCCCUAGGCCCCCAGGGUCUCCUCGACCCCCUCCUCCAGUAACUGCUGCAGCCCUUCGAGUUCUGGGAGCGGCAGGGGCUACAGGAAGAAGACCCCUGGCAGAACGCAGUGGGGGCGUCGCUUCCAGGCCCCCAGCGACUGGGAGAGGAGAGCGGCCCCCUGCCAAGACCCCAGGCCAGGUCUCUGUCUCUAGCCCAGCCCGUGCCAACAGUAACAUAGAGCUGGUUUAUUCCGUCCCCAGGUCAGGCCCAGGAGGCCAGAAGGGAUCACAGCCCCCAGGUGAGGAGCCUCUUGCCAGGGGAAAAACCUCGGAGGCUCCCAAAAGGAAUGCAGUGAGCUCUGGAGCGCGGAGAGACUCUUCAGGGCCCACCUCAGGGGCCCCCUCUCCAGCGGCCACACGUCGGACCAAGGCUACAGGCUCAGAGGUUGGACUCCCCCGACCGGCCCCCAGUGCCCAGCUUCGGCCCCAGACCGAGGUGCCCAGGAGAUCUGUGAGCAGCGCCACAGAGCGCAGCAGUGCCACGGACUCCAGUCCCGCGGCCCGGAGGCGGCCCAAUGCCGGAGGGGCCCUCCAGAAGCCGGCCUCGCGUUCCCUGGGCUCCAGCGCUACUCAUCUGGCCUCCCCAGCCCGCUCUGGGGCCUCGCUUCGUGGACCCCGGGCUCCUGUGCAGGCGUCACAGCCCAAGUCCAAAGCGCUGCAGGCUGUGCGCCCUCCGCAGGCCGCUUCUCCUAGGAAGGAGGCGGCCUUAGCUCAAGGCCGGCCUUCUUCCUUGGCCACGCCCCCUCCACCUGGUACCACCGCACGGCCAGCACCCGCUCCCCUGCUCCCUGGCGCCCAAAUGCUGGCCACACUCCCUCCCUCUCCACCGGCCACGCCCCCUCCACCUGCCGCCCUUCAUCUUCAGGCUCCGCCCGCCCAGCAGGCCCCGCCCCCUCCGAGAAUCCCGUCCCCUCCACUAGUCCUGCAGAACCUCCCCUCCCCGCCAGCCACCCCCCCUUCGCAAGCUCCACCCACGCAGCCCAGCAGGCCCUUUUUGGAGGUGGCAACCUUGCCCCCGCUGGCCAAGCCUGCACCCUCUCCCUCACUUUCACCUCCGCUGCAGAAUGUCCUCCCUUCCCAGGCUUCUCCAGUUUUACCACCGCUUCCAACUCCCUUGGCCACACCUCCUCCGUCCUCCCCAGCGCUAUCUUCAGCCCCGUCCGCUCUACAGACCCCCGUCUCUCCACCAGUAUCUCCCAGGAACCUGCCAUCUCUGUCCACGCCCACUCCGCCGGCUCUUUCCACUCUGCCCACGCCUCUCCGCAGCAGUCCUUCCCUGUCUCCAUCCCCUCUCCAGACCCUGCCCUUUAAGAUGCCUACACCGCCUUCGCAAGACCCGCCUCGGGCCAUAUCCCCUGCCCAGGGUCCUCUAGCUUCUCCCUCUCCUCCGGCCUCAGCGCCCUUGGAGGCCCCGCCCAAGCCCCCUCGGUGUGCCCAAUCCCCUCUGACCUCGCCACCCGCACGAGUCCCACCUGCUCUGGCCGCGCCGCCUCCUCCGGCCUUGAGCCCUCAGCAGGCCCCACUUUCUGUGGGCUCACCCCCGCUGCAGGCCACGCCUUCUUUCCUGCCCACGCCCCUUAUGCAAACCCAAACCUCUCUGACCUCGCCUCUGCAGGCGUCUCUGACCCCGACCACGUACCCUUUUCCCCUUCUCUCUCCCCCUGCCUCGCCUCCUCUACAGCCUCUUCUCUCUCCUCCAGCCUUACUGCCUCUGCAAGCCUCUCUGUCUCCUUCUGCCUCCCCUCCCCGGUCUCCUUUGGCCACUAGACCUCCACUGGCCCCGCCCUCUCAAGACUUGCACCCGCCCUCUCCCCUAGCCACGCCUCCUUCACAGGUCUCCCCUCUGGCCUUGCCUUCCCUGCAGGACCCGCCCUCUCCUAUGGCUACGCCCCCGGCGCCGGCCUCGCCUUCCCGGGUCUUUUCGCUUCAGGGCUCUUCCUCUCCCAAGCUCACACCCCCUCCUCAGGGCCUACUUCCGCUGAAGGCCCCGCCCUCUUCGCUGACCACGCCUUCGACACAGACCCCGCCCCCUUUGGCCUCGCCCCUCCCUUCCUUUACCCUGACCACGCCGUCCGCAGUGGUCCCUUCUCUGGCCUUGCCCCCUCUGCAGACCCCGCCCUCUCCUGUGGCCACACCCCUUCCACGGGCUCCACUCCUUUUGUCCUUGCCGCCGCUGCAGGCCCCGCCCCCUGCACCGGCCGCGCCUCCCCCGCCCUCGCCCCUUUUGCAGGUCCCACCCUCUCCCCCCUCCUCCCCCGUUCGGCAGGCGCCCCGCCGCCCUCCGACCCCUGGUCCAGAUGCCUCCAUCUCCGGCCCACGGCUGACCCUAGCGCUAGCCCCGGCUCCACCGCCACCACCGUCGCGCAGCCCGUCCAGCACGCUGAGUGGUCCAGACCUGGCUGGGCACAGCAGCAGCGCGACGAGCACGCCCGAGGAGCUGCGAGGCUACGACAGUGGGCCGGAGGGCGGUGCUGCAACCUCCCCGCCAGCUGAUGCGGAGCUCGCCGCCUGCCACCCGGCUGUCUGGAGCCGAGGCCCUGCCCCGCCGCUGGCCAUCCGCGGUGCUCCAGGAGCUUCUCUGCCUUGGCCUCCAGCCGCUGGGCCCGGCUCUGCUGAUGGCCUGUGUACCAUCUACGAGGCUGAAGGGCCCGAGCCGCCGACUCCCACCCCAAGCGCGCUGGAUACGGGACCCGGGCCCAGCGCCGGCGGUGGAAAGACCGGGGCUGGCGCCGGGCAGGGCACCUCCUCUCGGAGCCCGAAGCCGGCGCCCCUGGGCGAGCUGCCGCUGGGGGCGCUGCAGGCGAGCGUCGUGCAGCACCUGCUGAGCCGGACGCUGCUGCUGGCCGCCGCCGAAGGCCCUGGGGGAGCCAGCGGCGGUGGGCCAGGCGGCGCGGGGGGCAUUGGAGUCUCGGGGGGCGCCCGAGCUCCGCUCAGCGAUGCCGAACUGGGUCGCUGGGCCGAACUGCUGUCUCCUCUGGACGAAUCCCGUGCUAGCAUCACUUCAGUUACCAGCUUCUCCCCAGACGACGUGGCCUCCCCGCAGGGUGACUGGACUGUGGUGGAAGUGGAGACUUUCCACUGAGCUCCUGCCUGGCUUUAGGGUCCGUUUUCCUUAGGCCCCGCUCUCGUACCCUACAGUGUGACUCUGGUCCCAUUGGUUUUAGGCCUUAGAGCUCUCCGAAUGUUUUGGCCCAGACUCCAACCUGGCUCAAGUGGGGCUCGUGACCCACCCACGCCCUACUGGUUGGCCCCUUUGGCUUAUGAUAAGACCUUGUUCCUUCUAGCCAAGCCCCUUGUCCAGUGCAGUGUCUACUACGUGCAGCCCAAGUUUGCAAUAAACCCAGGACGCCGGA